GACAAAAUCUCGCUGCCACGAAACUGCUGCAGCACAUGUUUUUUAUUUUGUUCUGUAAAUUCUGUAAUUAACUUUCAAUGUUGGCGCCAAUUAAGCAUUUAUUAAGCAACUAUCGUGUUGUCCUGGCAAGUGGUUCGCCUCGUCGCCAAGAAUUGGUCAAAAUGCUGGGCCUUAAUGCCGAGCUUUGCCCAUCCACAUUCGAGGAGAACCUGAAUCUGGAAGACUACAAGGAAUUCUCCGAUUAUAUAGAGGCCACAGCCCUCGGCAAAGCGGAGGAGGUCUUCACGCGUCUCAGCGCCAAAGGGGACAAUAAAAAUCUCAUUGUAAUAGCAGCCGACACAAUGGUGACGCUGGGCAAAGAGAUUUACGGCAAGCCAAAGAACCCCGCGGAUGCCGUGCGCAUGCUAACCAACCUGUCUGGAGCCUGCAAUCGAGUGUUUAGCGGCGUUGUGCUCAAACACGCCCAAGGAGUGCGCAAAUUUACGGACACGGCGGACGUACAUUUCGGCCAGCUGCUGCCAGAGCAGAUUCAGAGCUAUGUGGACUCGGGGGAUCCACUCGACAAAGCUGGCGCUUAUGGCGUACAGGGACCUGGUGGCGCUCUGAUACAUCGCAUCGAUGGCGACUUUUACUGUGUGAUGGGCCUGCCGCUGCAUCGUCUCUGCUGUGAACUAAACAAGCUAUUUCUGGAGGAUCUCUCGUCAUAGCCGCGCAAAACUGUCUUCGGGCUCAUGCGCCAACACACGUCAGAGGCUACAAAAGCGUUUCGUUCAUUUUAAUCUGAACUCUGAUAAGAGGCUAUAUCUCUACGCCCAACGCCCAAGUCAAUUAAAAUAUAAAAAACAAUAGCAGUGUGCGAAAAAGUCAAAUAGAAAGAGAGCAGCGGCACACUGGUUGUAGAUUGCCCCGAAAGUCGACUCAAUUCAAAUCAAAUUAAUACAAUUAAAUUGUACCAAGAAAGUGCUGGCUGAAACCACUGUAGAACGUGAGAGAAACGCCGCGCUUUAGCUUUUUCUAAUCACUUACAGUUCAUAGAACAACAUGUACUAAUUUUAAAGAUAAGCGGCUGAAAAAUAUUGUA